AUGACUGAUCCUUUUCCUAUUCCUCAUGAAUGGUACCAACCAGGUGAUCUCCUCAUUGGAGGGGUGGCUUCGCAGAACGUCUAUGCCUUCAGUGAGCAUUUGUUUCAUGAACAUCCAUCUCAGGAGCUCUAUGGACUUUCAGAUGCUGUGAAGGAGGUCAAUGAGAACCCACAAAUCUUGCCCAAUGUUACCCUUGGAUUCCACAUCUAUGACAGCUACAAUAAUCCAAAGAUGACUUAUCGGACUACCCUGGACCUGCUCUUCAAAUCAGACAGAUUUCUCCCCAACUACAAAUGUGGACUCCAGAAAAAUCUCAUGUCCAUCAUCGGAGGACUCGGAUCAGAUACUUCAUCCCAUAUAGCAGAAAUCGUAGAUUUAUACAAAAUUCCACAGCUCCACCGAUUUCUUCAAGGCAUUUCUUUCAACAACUCAGCAGGAGAGAGGGUGUCCUUUAAUGAGAAGAGGGAAGUCAUAGGAGGAUUUGACAUCAUCAACAUGAUCGCUUUUCCAAACAAGUCCAUUCAGAGUGUGAAAGUUGGAAGGCUAGAUCCCAAUGUUUCUUAUGGAAAUGAAUUGAUCAUUAAUGAAAAUCUAAUUGCAUGGCACAAAGGCUUUAAUCAGGUUCUGCCAGUUUCUCUGUGCAAUGAAUACUGUCACCCUGGAUUUUGGAAGAGAAAGUCUGAAAGGAAAACCUUCUGCUGCUACGAUUGUGUUCCAUGUCCACAAGGGAAAAUUUCAAGCAAGAUAGACACAGAAGAUUGUUUCAAAUGUCGUGAAGAUCAGUAUCCAAGCAAGGAGCAAGAUCGAUGCCUUAACAAAACAAUGAGUUUCCUCUCCUUUGAAGAUGUUCUUGGCAUUUUCCUUAAGCGUAGAGAUACUCCCAUCAUCAAGGCCAACAACCGGGACCUCACUUAUACUCUCCUCAUCGCCCUUCUGCUCUGCUUUCUCUCUUCCUUGUUAUUCCUUGGUCAACCAGGGAAAGUAACCUGCCUUCUGCGGCAACCAGCAUUUGGCAUCAUCUUCUCAGCUGCUGUUUCUUGUGUGUUAGCUAAAACUAUUACUGUGGUUGUAGCUUUCAUGGUGACCAAGCCGGGUUCUCCAAUGAGAAAAUGGGUGGGGAAAAGAUUGGCCCUUUCCAUUGUCCUUUCUGGUUCUGUUCUUCAAGCAGCUCUUUGCACCCUGUGGUUGGCAACCUUUCCUCCAUUCCCUGACUUAGACGUGCACUCCCUUAUGGAAAACAUGAUUUUGCAAUGCAAUGAAGGCUCCAUCUUCAUGUUCUAUUGUGUCUUGGGCUACCUGGGUUUCUUGGCUAUUGCCAGCUUCAUUGUGGCAUUCCUUGCUCGAAAUUUACCUGACAGCUUUAAUGAAGCCAAGUUUAUUACUUUCAGCAUGUUGGCCUUCUGCAGCGUGUGGGUCUCCUUUGUUCCAGCCUAUUUGAGCACCAGAGGAAAAGCCAUGGUGGCUGUGGAGAUCUUCUCCAUCAUGUCCUCCAGUGCUGCCUUACUGGGAUGUAUCUUUUUCCCAAAAUGCUUCAUCAUUGUGCUGAAGCCAGAACUAAAUAGCAGGCACCAAGUAAUCAAACGGAGUAAUUAA